UUAUCUAUUCUAUGUGAAACCAUGUGGAAUGGAACAAAAUAUUAUACUAUUUUCAUGUUUUGCUAUUUGGAUUGAGGUUUAUAUUUUUGUUUUGGAUUUAGUGAUCAAUGGUUUUGGAUUUAGUAUGGAUGAUUUUGGUUCACUCUGGUAAAACUGUAGAUAAUUAUUCAUUGUCAGCAUAUGGCUUCUUCGAAAGUUUUCAUAUGCCAUCUGUUAGCAAGUCUUUGCCAUUUGUUCCAUCGAUUAAGUCAUACUCUCUCACACCUGGUGAUCUCGUUCUCAAUCACAUACUUUUACCUACUUCAACAGUUUAUCUAUUAUAUGUGAACUAUGUGGAAUGGAACAAAAUAGUGUACUAUUUCCAUGUUUUGCUAUUUGAACUGGGGUUUAUAUUUCUGUUUUAGGUUUAGUGAUCAAUGGUUUUGGGUUUAAUAUGGAUGAUUUGGGUUCACUCUCACAAAGCAAUAGGUAAUUUAUUGUCAACAUAUAAACAUUGUGGCUUCUUGGCAUAUGUCAAAUCUGUUAGCAAGUCUUUGUCAUUUAUUCCAUCGAUUAAGUCGUACUCUCUCACAUCUGGUGACUUCGUUCCCAAUCAUAUACUUUCACAUACUUCAACAGUUUAUCUAUUCUAUGUGAACCAUGUGGAAUGGAACAAAAUAGUGUAUUAUUUCCAUGUUAUGCUAUUUGGAUUGGGUUUAUAUUUCUGUUUUGGGUUUAGUGAUCAAUGCUUUUGGGUUUAGCAUGGAUGGUUUGGGUUCACUUUGACAAAGCAGUAAAUAAUUCAGUGUCAGCAUAUAAACAUUACAAAAUUUGAACAAUUUUCUUCAUCAUGUUUUACCUUUUUCUAUUAUACAUGUGUAUUCUAUAUUAUUUUGGGUAUAUAGAAUAACAAGUAUAUACCACUCACUUUGUAACAUGUGAUUCACAUAACGCCACAGAACCAACGACAUUACAAAUUUUGUAGUAACUAGUAACCUAUUAAGAAAAGAGGUAGAACCGGAUGAAUUAUGUUUUAAAUACCUGACAUUACAUUAUGUGAAUUGAGGAAACUCAAUGCUAGUUACUUAAUUUAUACAUGAUAUAUGGCUAGUUCACAAAUUAACCCCUCUAUUAAAUGAUUGGGAGAGUAUAAUAACAUUUUUGAGUCGAAUAAAAAAAAAACACAAACACAGCAAGAGAAGUUCAUCCUCCCUCUCUACUCUCUACCCACUGCGUACAAUUUAUUAUUAUUUUAAAUAAAUCAUAAAUAAAUGAGAGAUCUCAGAUUGGAAGGGAAGGGACGAGUGUUGGUCCAACCUUGGAGUUUCCGUUUCUCACAUGGCGUCUCCUCCGUUGUUGAAGAAGCUCGUGACCUUCUUUUUAUCAUCUACUCUUUUUCUCGCUACAGCCAACUCUGAAUCACGUUUCAAGUCGAUCAUCAGUUUCGGCGAUUCUAUUGCCGACACCGGAAACUUGCUCGGCCUCUCUGAUCCUAACGAUCUUCCUCACGUCGCGUUUCCUCCGUAUGGAGAAACCUUCUUCAACCAUUCCACUGGCCGUUUCUCUAACGGCCGACUCAUCAUCGACUUCAUUGCUGAGUACUUGGGUCUUCCGCUUGUUCCUCCUUUUUACGGAUCUCAAAACGCAAACUUUGACAAGGGAGUUAAUUUCGCUGUUGGGGGAGCAACGGCACUGGAACGUUCUUUUCUCGAGGAGAGAGGGAUUCAUUUUGCUUACACCAACGUCAGUUUAGGUGUUCAGCUUCAGAGCUUCAAGAAUCUUUUGCCUAACCUAUGCGACUCUCCUUCAGAGUGCAGAGAUAUGAUCGAGGAUGCUUUGAUUCUCAUGGGAGAAGUUGGAGGUAAUGACUUGAAUUACGCCUUUUUCGUGGGCAAACCCAUUGAAGAGAUCAAAGAAUUGAUUCCACUGGUGAUCACUACUAUUUCUUCUGCAAUCACGGAGCUGAUUGGUAUGGGGGGAAGAACAUUUCUGGUGCCUGGGAAUUUCCCACUGGGAUGCUCAGUAGCCUAUUUGACAUUAUAUCAAACAUCAAACAUGGAAGAGUACGAUCCUGUAACAGGAUGCUUGAAAUGGCUGAACAAGUUUGCAGAAUACUUCAACGAGCAGCUUCAGGCAGAACUCGACAGACUCAGGAAGCUGUACCCUCAUGUCAACAUCAUAUACGCAGACUACUACAACGCUCUGUCACGCAUUUUCCAAGAACCAGCCAAAUUCGGGUUUAUGAACAGACCCUUGCCUGCGUGCUGCGGUUUGGGAGGGCAGUACAACUACACACCUGGUAAGAAAUGUGGCUUUGAAGGAGUUGAAUAUUGUGAUGAUCCCUCAAAGUAUGUGAACUGGGACGGUGUUCAUAUGACUGAGGCUGCGUACAGACUGAUAGCUGAGGGUUUACUUAAGGGACCUUAUGUGAUUCCUCCUUUCAACUGGUCUUGUCUCAGCUCUGAAUUAAAAAAGAACAAUGGAUCAUCUGACGCAGAGUUUUCUUUGGUGAACAACUGGAUAUAACUUGGUCUGAAAAUUGAGAGAGAGAGAGAGAAUUAAGAGUACUGAUAAAGUCAUCUAUGUUCUUCAGUGCGUUUAUUGGAUCAUGUAUUGUUAUAUUAUGUUGUUCAGCUGAUUUAUUCAUUCUAUAUAUAGUUCAUUUGAUAUAUCUGCAGAUGGGUAUAACAAUGAUUUACAUAAAUGUAAAAUUCUAAGAUAAUAGGUUGUGGUUA